UUGUUUCAGUCUCAAUGCUCUUCCCAUGCAAAGAUCAGUCUUUCUCGGCCGUGGUCUGUUCUCUAUCUCGGCCCAGACAGCGAAAUCGAUGACGGCGCAAAUCCGAUCUCGAAUUCUACCUCAUCCUUUUGCUGCUACUGUGGCUCUCCGACAAAUCGACCUCGUCUUAAGUCGCGAGUGAAUCAGUCUUUGAAGGUAGCAGCUGCCCCCGCGGAACAUAAACCACCGUAUCAACAGCAGCAAUCCACGAAUUAUCAUGCAUAUGCGAAUUUAAUUCGAGGUGGAAAUGGUAGCAGUACACUACCGAGUAUUUCUAGGCGGGCGCAUCAUCAUCAGACAGCUCCUGUUGUAUUUCCUGCUGGAAAGCUGGGCCCAUCGGCGGCAAGAGAUGUUCCAGAUUCUGGAAAUCGACGAGGAGCGUUCUACACCUCUUCGACCUCCUGUUCAACAUCGCAAGCAUCCUCCCCAAGUUCCCCACAAACCCACACCUCCUAUUGCAAUCUCUCAGCAGGUACAGGUCCAGCUUGCCUCCCUCCGAAUCCCCUGAAAUACCCCUUGGCAUUCCAAGAGGAACGAGGAGCGUACGCAAAUCUCCAACAUCUUCCCACAUCCUUGACUCCCUCCCCCUUUUCAACCCUCCAGCAAUAUCAAACACGAUGGCGAAGUUCUCGUCCUUCAAAUGACCUCAUUCCUGACGAAAUCCGUGAACCCCGACGGAAUUAUGCUCUGGUUGACCUUCGUCCAAGUCCCGCUAGCUCUGUAAUCACUCCUGGCGACAUAAUAACCCUGGUAUCUACCUCAGAGGACGCGCUGUCUAUCAACUCCGAGACGACGGGAAGUGGAAUGUUGGUUGGAAGUGGUGGAAAUAAAACAGAUUCCAGUGCAUCUACACUCCAUACAAACACAUCUACCUCUUCUUCCGCGGCUACAAUAGUUUCAAAUGGUGGGGGAAAUCGCCCCAGAACUGCCUCCAAUCAUCGGCGAACUUUAUCCCAUUCCCUCACUGCUGUCCUUCCCGUUCCUACGUUGAACUACGUCCAUAUAAUGACAAAGAAAGAUGCUACAGCUGCGGCGGCAGUUUCUACUUCGACAAACCCUUCUUCACUAGUAGGCUGUGAAAGUCCCGCUUCGUCUUCAUCCACGGCAAGUUCUUCAGAAAAGGAACAGAGGGCUCCUAUUGUUCCAUGCCCGAAUCCCUGUUCAUCAUCAACAAUAGAAAGUCAAGUUCCUUACGCUCAAAUCGACUUUGAACGAACGCGAGCUCUGAACGCCGUGAAUGGGACUUCAGGAUCCUCUGAAAUGGGGCAUUUUCAUCAUAAUCACCAGCAGAAGGGUCUUGGAGGUCAGUCCAUAGUUUCAAAGAACGCUUCCAUAGUUGGAAUUGGAGGCGGACUCAGGGGUUUGAAUAUGCGGAAGAAGUCGUCAGAUGGUCUUCAGUUGGCAAUGAGUGCUCAAAACGGCUAUCAAGGCUUGUCUAAUCUAUCAUGUCUCUCUCCCGGCUUAUCAGAGCCCUGUUUGUUGAGUAGACAAGGAACUGAUUUGGCUUACGACUACCUCGAGGAUUGUACUAAACUCUCACGACGGAAUUUGGAACGUUUAUCUGCCUACUGUAUCCAAAAGCUUACCUACAAAACCAUUGUGGGCCUUCAAGAGGCUUGGCUUAAUUUGAGUGAUUAA